AUGGUGACAGUGAAGUGGUUUUUGGAUCUUGGAGCCCCUUUGAAAGGGCCUGUCCUUGCCAAGCUCGUUCGACACGAGAAUGAUAGCUUCAUGCUGGCAAUGAUCCGUAGUGUGGCAGAGGUGAACACAUUGGGUUACAGCCAGGCUCUGCAGUGGUCAGUUUUCCUUGAACGACUGAAUCUGGCAGUCGCGCUGAUCGAAAGGGGCGCCAAAGGCAAUGGUCCUCCAGCAUGGAGUGGUGGACUUCCCAGCAGUACACUCCAACUGGCCUGCGAGGCCGGCGCCCCACUCUGGUUCAUCAGGUUUGUGGUUGACCAGGGAGCAGACGUAAAUGCUCCCUUGACAUCAAACAAAAGGCCUACGGUACUUCAAGCUGCUUGUGAUAAUGGCGCUCAACUGUCGCACAUCAAGUUUCUUCUCGAGAAGGGAGCAGAUGUGAAUGCUCCGCCCGCUCCAGAAGGUGGAUUCACGGCGCUUCAGUACGCGGCAAGAAACGGUUUGAUGAACAUAGUAACACUGCUGCUGGAUCAUGGAGCCGACGUGAAUGCACUGAGCGGAUAUUGUCUCGGUAACGCAUCUCACAGCUUCACGCGUGCAAUCGAUCUUGCCGCGAAGCAUUCCAGGUUGGAUAUGGUCCACUUUCUAAUCGCAGCAGGUGGGAAAAGUUCUCAGCCGGGCUCCACAGGUUUUGAAGGCGCUAUCGAAAUCGCAACUCGUGAGAGGAACUUUGCCAUUCGUUGCCUUUUACAAGAAUAUGCCCACUCUUGCUCUGGAGCUCCAAUGGAGGCGGAAAGAAGAUGGCUGCGGGCAAAUCCUCAUGCAUGCCUGUACAAUGGCAGGAUACAGGACACAGGCUGGGUAGCUUUCGUGAAAAGGACGGGCGGGGACAGCAAGAGCAAGUCCAGGAAGUACAUAAAGGAGCAAGUAGGUUAA